AUGGCUUGCAGAACAAUUUUUUCGCGGCAUUUUAGCACUGAUUUUUUUUUCCUUUCUGUCUUUCUAUUCCUCAUUAUGCUUCAUUCUUUCUUUCACUCUUAUGAUCUCUUCAAACAGAUUCUUAUUUUCCUUUGCCUUUUCUCUCUUCUCGUGUGUAGAUUUCUUUAUGUCUAUUCUUUCUCUAAUCUACCUCAACCUGUUCCUUCUGAUUUUACAUAUACUUUUUCAUUGUUUCCUUUCUUCUUCCACUGUCUACUUAAUUCUCACCAACUAUAUUCCUUUCACCCACUUCCUUUUCUUCCUACUACUUCUUGCGUAUCAGCCUUGCCCCCAUCAUUUUUUUAUUUCCAUAAUGGUCCCUCUCGCUUCGUUAUCUAUUUUGCCGCCCACCUGUCAUCGUCUUCCAUUUUUGAUUUUUGCUUCUCACUAUCUUCCGAAAUCCGCCAUAGAACAAAAAGAAGUAUACUGAAAUCGACACUUCUCUCUCUAUCUCUCUCUCUCUCUCUCUCUCCUUCCUCCCUCCCUCUCUCUCUCUCUCUCUACCUUCCUCCCUCACUCUCUCUCUCUAUAUAUAUAUAUGCACGAUGUGGUGCUAAAAUGUUCUCUGUCUGA